GCCACCUCUACUUUGCGAGGUAGUGGAGGGAAGAAAUGGACGUGACAGGAGCGGCGCUGCUGCUACUUUUCGGCACGGCUACAGUGCUCGUGGUUGGAGACAAGCUGCCACAAUAUCGAGAACUAGAGACACUUGCAGCCGCUAGCGACGCCGUGAACGAGGCGCUCACUGUAGCGUCGUGUGGGCUCCGCUCCUCAGUGGUGCUCCUCACAGAUGGCACCACCUCCUCACGGACAAUACGUAAGAUGGGUCAUGUGGAACCCUGCAGAGGACUGACAGUGUUGGAGGUGCCGGUGGCCGGCCAGGACGCCAACACCACCAAGACUCGGCUCUCUCUGAUGAUCGACAAGGCUCAGCAGGUAAGUCGCUCUCACAUUACUGGUGAUGUAGAUAGGUCACUCGCACAUUACUGCUGA